UUUCAAGGAAGAUAUUAACAACGAAAGAGAGUGAGAGAGUUGGGCAAGCUCCAUUGGUCUUCCACGAUAUAAAUACGGCUCACAACUGCUGUCAGAAUCAGUUGCCAAUCAGAGCACCUACGAUUCUAAAAAAUAUUUGCAGCAAUGAAGUUGUGUUUAAAACUUAUGGCUAUAUGCCUAUCGUUGUUGGCAUUGAGCAACGCCAAUCCUGUAGUGGAGAAGUAUCGCGACUUUGAGAUGGAAGUGUUGAGUAAAGUACUUUUGCAGAGAUCGAAGGAAAAUGUCGUCAUGUCUCCACUGGCCAUAAAAUAUGCCAUGGAAACGCUUUAUUGUGGUGCCUAUGGCUACACUGCGGAAGAAAUAAGACUGGCCCUCCAUAUUACGAAGAACAAAGACGAUCUGAUCAAACAUGCCAAAAUGACAUCGGAUUCUAUGAAUCGUACAAUUCUGGACUUUACCAACAAACUUUUCUACAAUCACGAUAUUAAACUAUCCGACAAAUAUAGAUUGCAUGCUGAGACGCCUUUCCAUUCAGAAUUCGAGUCCCUUGAUUUCAAUGAAGUAGAGAAGUCCAUGGACAUUAUCAAUCAAUGGAUAUCGAAGAGGACCAAGAGAAAUAUCCGUCAAAUUUGCAGUUCGAUCGAUGAGCACACCAUUGCUGAGAUGGUCAGUGCGGCAUACCUCAAGGGAGGAUGGGCUCGUCCCUUCUGCAAGGAGUUCACCGUCAAACGUGACUUCUGCUUGGACAAAGAGAAGUGCAUUAAGGUCCCCACAAUCCAUGCAAAGGACUUGUUCCACUAUGCCGAAAGUUCCAUUUUGGAUGCUCAGCUUUUGGAGGCACCAUUCGAACAGAGCGAUCUCUCGAUGAUCAUCAUUUUGCCAAAUAAGAAAAACGGCCUAUAUGAAUUGGAAGAGAAACUCAAGUCAUUCGAUUUCGACGAUAUUAACGAUCACUGGAAAAUGGAACAAAUGGAUGUCUACGUGCCCAAAUUCAAAAUUAGUUCCAGUAUUCCACUUAAAGUUGCUCUACAGAAGCUUGGCAUCUACGAAAUGUUUACCCAUUCAGCUGACUUCAGUGACAUGCUUGAACAUGGUCAUGGCCAUAUGCCAAUUUCGGAAGUACAACACGCAGCAAUGAUUGAAAUUCAUGAAAGUGAUGCCUCCGAUUUGGUUCUCGAUGAAACCAAAACCUACAUUCCCUUCUAUGCUGAUCAUCCAUUUGCUUUCGUCAUCCGCAACAAGCACAACGUUCUGUUUGCUGGCCAUGUUGUAUCGUUGUAAGAGGGAAGGAACUAUGACUGAAAUGACAAUUGUCGAUGCCAUUGACAGUAAAUCGCUGCAAGUUUUAUUUAGAAUGGCAAAUUGAAAAUAAAUGAAACAAUGAAUGUAAAA